ACGGGGCGGGGCGGGAGAAGGUGCGCGGAGCCCAGGGGCUCGGAGCUCGCGCCGGGCGCCCCACCCUGGCUGCGGCCGCGCGCGGGGAGGAAGCGCGUAGAGGUUAGAAGCACAGUUUCCCUUUCUGCUUUCCCGUCAGAGCAGCCCCAGCCGGCGGGGGGCUGCAAUGCCCGACUUCGGUUGGUAGGGGCCCGGAGCCGAAGAGGUUAAAACGGGCGGCCGCCGCCUCCCCGCGAGGCCCUCCCGCCAGCCAUGGGCGGCCGCGAUCACCUGUUCAAAGUGCUGGUGGUGGGGGACGCCGCGGUGGGCAAGACGUCGCUCGUGCAGCGGUACUCCCAGGACAGCUUCAGCAAACACUACAAGUCCACGGUGGGAGUGGAUUUUGCUCUGAAGGUUCUCCAGUGGUCUGACUCAGAGAUGGUGCGGCUCCAGCUGUGGGAUAUUGCAGGGCAAGAGCGCUUCACCUCCAUGACACGACUGUACUAUCGGGAUGCCUCGGCCUGCAUUAUUAUGUUUGAUGUUACCAACGCCACAACCUUCAGCAAUAGCCAGAGAUGGAAACAGGACUUGGACAGCAAGCUCACACUGCCUAAUGGAGAGCCUGUGCCCUGCCUGCUCUUGGCCAACAAAUGUGACUUGUCCCCUUGGGCGGUAAGCAGAGACCAAGUUGACCGGUUUAGUAAAGAGAAUGGUUUCACAGGUUGGACAGAAACAUCAGUCAAGGAGAACAAAAAUAUUAAUGAGGCCAUGAGAGUCCUCAUUGAAAAGAUGAUGAGCAAUUCCAGAGAAGAUAUGUCUUUGUCCACCCAAGGGGACUAUAUCAAUCUACAGACCAAGCCCUCCUCCAACUGGGCCUGCUGCUAAUAGAAUCUGGCUGGUAUUCCCUCCCACUUUUAGGAGGUCUUUUCAUCUCUUCCCUUCAGUUGCCCACCCAGCAAUUUUACUAAGUACAUGUGAACUGCCUCCUUCCAGCUGCCCAGUAAGGAGGACCCAUCAUUACUAAGGAAGGACCUGGGACGUGUGUGCAUUUCUGCAGCUCUCACAAGUGGGCUCCUACUUGCUGCCGGCACCUGUGGCUCAGUUAGUACCUUCUUGUAAGAAAGAUCAUCUGAUCCCUCAUUUUGUGAUCUGGGAUUUUGUGGGAAGCAUUAGAAAUCAGCACCUGUGUUUUAUGAAACAUAAUUCCUACCUAUUUCUGUGUUUUUUCUUUUUUUUCCAUUUGAUGUUUGUGGAUAUCUCCAUCUGAUCUGAGUUCAGAUUGGAGGAAAAUGAGAGCAAAGGGCAUCUGCCAAAUUCAUCAUAGGUUAUUGCUUUCAGAUUCUUUCUGUCUUGGACUUUGAAGUUUAAACCUCUGAUUUGGAGAUGCACAAGAAGUAGGGCUGGAUAUCCCUGGGUUUGGGGUCACAGGAGGUAACCCAGAAACCACUGUCUUUUUGAAGCUUCUGAAGUCAUAAUUGGCUUUCUAUUGUCUCAAGAAUAGUCAAGCUUUUAAACUACCUGUUGUUUAAAUGAUAACAUUUCUUUCCCCAAAGAAAAAAUUGUACUAUUAGGGUUUUCUAGUAUCUCCCUACCGGUGGGGUGGGAGCAGGGUUUGUGAGGUUUCUGGGUUGAUGUCUUGACGCAUAGUGGUGCUGGUGACAUCAGUUGGCUGUGAUGCCCUGAAAUAGGUCUGUUCCGUGCAGCUCUGGGAGUCUGAAUGGAAGAGGGAAAGGUUAACAGAACAAAAUCCUGUGGGGCAACUUGCUCCUGAGCACUUUGGGUACCUAGUACUUAAUAGCCAUAGGAACCAAAUUUUAUGUACAGACCUUUGUGUGAAUGGGGAGAGUAAACAGAAAAUCAUUAAGUAAUUUAAGUGCUGAAUUGGGUAGGGUUUUUAGUAUUAAAUCACUUCUGGACAGCUUCAUUUGUUAAAUUCUCACAGGAUGGUGAUUUUUAACCAACCCGAAGUUAUGAAUAGUGUUUGUGAACUCAGAGACCUAGUGUUCUUUGAAAGAUACUUACUUAAAUAAGUGCCCUAAGUCAGUGGUUCCCAAAUCUGACUUAUGAAAACCACCUGGGAAGUUUGUUAAUUUUUUUUUAAAUAAAAUGUUUACACUUUAAGAUUUCUGGGUCCCAAACACAAACCUAUGAAUCAAAAUUUCCAGGGGUGUAGCAUGAGAAUGUGUUGUUGUUUUUCAAAGCUACCCAGGUAAUUUGACUAACCUGAUUUGGAAAGCAUUGCUAGAGAAUUUGGUAAUGAUGCAGAGACCCAGGCAUUCCCUGUGUACAUGAUCCCGGGCUUCCUUAUGCUCUGUUUGCUCUUCCGGAGAUUCUGACUUUGGAAACUACUAUCCUAAGAGAAUGAUCACAGGCCAAAUAUCAGAAAGAGAAUGAGAGCCAGGCCAUCAGUUGUUGGUUGGCUGGUCUGUUUUUAAUAUCAGUUAUUAACAUUUGCACAAUCUUUUAAGACCUUGAAGUUCUCUUUUGUAUUACUCUUUUCAUAUAGGUUUUUAUUACAAUGGUUCUGAAGAUAAGAGUGGGAUAGCAAAUUCCCUCUAUGUGAAAAGAAAAUUGAUUUUUAUUUACUGGUUUAAACCUCUUCAAAGUCACAAAUAAAGGCAAAAUAAGUCUCAUA